AUGCAGUACCAAAUCCUCGCUCUGGCUUUCGCCGCCCUUGCCGUUGCUGCCCCAAGCAGUGCUCCAUCCUACGGCAGCUCUGGCUCUACCACCACAACCAGUGUAGCCGUCUGCACCUCAGGCUGGACUCCUCAGUGCUGCGCCACCAACGUCCUGGGCGUUGCCAGCCUUGACUGCUCUGACGGUAAGCCUUUCAUCCCUCCGCAGUUGAAAUACGAGCAGAUCGACUCACAAUUUGAAUCUAGUCCCAAGCACCAUUACUGGCAAGGACCAGUUCGACAGCCAGUGCAGCGCAGAUGGCCUUACCGCCAGCUGCUGCUUGCUCCCCAUCGUGAGCAAACACCCUUUCUCUCAAACGUCUCAACUUUUACUAACUGACAUUCAACAGCUCGGCCAGGGUGUCAUCUGCCAGACUCUUUAG